AUGUCUAAGCGGAAGCGGAAGCGGAAGCGGCCGCGCGACGACGACCACGAACCUGAGAGGCUAGGAUCAGGGAAUCGGCCUUCGAAUAGGCCUUGCUUGGGUCGCUGCUCUGCCUAUCUGUCUGAAUCUGCCAUGUCGGCGAUGCAGCAGCAUCUGUACGUUGUGGUGGACGACUGGGAGAGAGGCUACAGCGUCCACAGGUUCGACGCGGACGACUUCGGCGCGGACCCGAACGCCGGCGGCGGCAUGGACGCCGCCCGCCCGGUCGUCCGCAUGGGGGCGCUGCACCCGCACUCGUGGUCCUUCGCCGCGCACGGGCGCAAGAUCUUGGCGAUGCAGCCCCCGGAGUACAGCCCCGGCAUCCCCGUGUUCGACACCGAGACGAUGGGGAUGGCGGUGUGGCCUCACCCGCAGAGCUCUCUACACGGGGACUUCGGAAGCCGGCCCCUGUACAUCUCCGCCGGCGGCAGGCUCCUGGCGUUCGUCUACCCCUUCGUCGAGAUGCUCGGCCCCGAUCUGCCGCGGCCCACCGAUGAGUCGUGGUCGUGGGCCAGCAUCGAGCCACCGCCGCCGUUCGUGUCCAGCGUCGUCAGCGGCUACGCGGUGCACCCGGACGGGCGCACCGUGUUCGUGUCCGUCAAGGACUGGAGGCCCGACAUCCCCGGCAAGAUCUGCUCGCACUACCUCGACUGCCGGCAGAGCACCUUCACCUUCGACAUGGAGCGCCACCAGUGGACCCACGUCGUAGAGUGGCUCCUGCCGUUCAAAGGCCAGGCGCACUACGACCGCGAGCUGGACGCCUGGGUCGGGCUCUGCCUCUACAAGCAAGGGGCCGGGCGCGUCUGCUGCAGCGACGUCCCGGCCGUCCCGCCCCACGACGGCGCCAGUGGCGGUGGCGGCGGGGAGACCACCAUGCCCGCCUGCAAGCUCGGCCAGGACGUGUUGUUCGAAACGACGGACACCCGCCAACAUCUGGGCGCCACGCUCGUGUACAUGGGCGAUAGCAGAUUCUGCAUGGUCGAGAGGCAGGACUGCGACGCGUACGCGCGCACCCGCCUGGUAAAGAUGACUCGCUUCUUCCUCAAGUCCGUCUAUGCACAAGUUUAG